CCACAGAGCGCAAGCAUGGAGUCGAUGAUUGCGCGGGCUUUUGAGUUCGUCGAAGACUCGCAGUCCGAGGACGAAGACGCCGGCUACUACGGCUUCCGACCACCGGCCAUCGCUCCGGCAGCGGCGCCCGACGCUCCAGCGCCAGCUCCAGCAACGGGGGCGCCGGCGACCGACGCUGCCCAUGACGACGAGGUCGACGAAGACGAGGAUGAGGCUGGGUUCAAGGUCGGCGACCUCGUCGAGGUCGAGACGCGUACGUGGCCAGGUAUCAACAAGAUCGGCGGCGCGGCGCGGGUCAUUAGUGUCUACAGCGACGGCGGCGACACGUUCGUGGACGUGCGCUACUUCCUCGGCGGCAGUGAGAAGCGCGUCGACGUCGCGUACGUGCAACCGUCCGACAUGCACCAGAAGCGCGCGCGCCAGCGCUACUCGCGCGUCUUCUUCCACGACGAAUUUGCGGACGAGUAUGGCCGCAAGCGCCGCGCCGACCUCGACGCACCAGUCGAGCACGUCCUCCAUCCCAAGCCCAAACGUAUGAGAAAGGACGAACCACCUCGCUCUGCGCCCGAGCACCCACGGACGCGCAUCUUCGACGACGACGAUGGCAGUAGCAGCGCCGAAGACAACGUGGUCGUACCCAGCCGUCCUCGGGUUCUACCACCAGUGACAGUGACGCCGGCAAGUACUCGGCCGAUCGCCAAGCCAAAACGAGCGCCUCUAAACGAAGAUUUUUUCAUCACGACGGGCGGCUCAGAUGACGAUGAGCGCGUCGUCGAAAGCCCUGAGAGGGCGACCACGUGGACCGAGCCGUCUCUCCACGAGCAUGACGUGGCCAAGGACGUGGGGCAGGCCGUCACGAGCACAUUACCAGUCGACAAGUACGGUGCGGACCAGCCUGUGGAGGUUGAGAACGACUACGACUUUGGGGGUGGUUCGUGGAGCCCGACAACGCGCCUCGAGGAACCACAGGACGUACUGGAGCCCCGUGUUCGGCGGCAGAAGCGCGCCAAGAAGCGGCGGUAUGUCGGCGGGUACCUCGAGGAAGCCGACAACUUUAUUCAACCGGAAGACAACGCGAUGGAGCUACCGGACGACGUGCGCAAAGAUACGGGGUUUCGCCUUGGGAAGACCUCCAAGGAUCUUUUGCACCAGUACGCCGUGCACACGGAGCAGUUCCAGCUCGUGCUUGCCGAGUUUGGUCGCGCCAAAGAGAGUCUCGUUGCCAGCACGCUACCGCCCCUCGCGCUCUACGACAAGGUUCUCGAACUGGAGGCGCUGCAUGCACUGUCGAUCGUUCGGGAAGAAGACAUUUUGGAUGCAAUUCUGCGCAAAUUAGACGCCAAGGGCAAGUCCAUCAAACCCGUCGAGAACCUCCAGCACGACCAGCGAAAAGAGCUAGUGAAUGCGUAUGCGAGCUGGCUGCGGCAGCUGCGCGACACGACGCUGCAGCGACUGCACCGCGAGGGUCUGUCGGUGCCAUCGCAGCUGCCACUGUCAUCGACAAAGAAGCGUCCAGCGAGUCCCAGUGACAGUAGCAGCAGCGAUGACGACGACUAUUACAAUACGCUGUCGGCCGAGCCCGCGAUUCCGGCGUUCAUUGAGCAGUUUCACACAACGCGGCCUGCACGUCCCCGCGCCUCAUUCUCCUCGGUGUCGACCACGAGGCCCAAGCGCCUUGACAAGACCAAACCCAGCACGAAACAAAAAGCAAAGCCGGCAACGACGCCGCUGCUAUGGGACGACGUGUACCACGCACCGCCGCACCGAGAGCAGUCGGCACUGCCGUGGUUCUUCGAGCCCGCCCCUAACGACAACGGCAACGACCUCGACUUCAGCUACGACGACACCAAUGACGAUCGAUUUGAUGAGCCAUCGGUGUUUAUUCCCCGGACGCUCAACAGCCGCACGAUUCCGGCCGCUGUGCUCGAGUCGACCACGUGGGACUGGAAAGCGCUGGCUAAGCCGACGCGCCGGGCCGCGCCGGCGCCCUCCCGCCCGGUGGCACCUGCCACGAUCGCGCCAGCACCCAAGCCGCCCAAGCGGUCGCGAUCCCGCAACGUGUUUGAAGCACUCUGGCGGCAUCGCCAGGAGCGGUCGCGGCCGCUCAUUCCGUUUUUUCCAGCCAAAAAGUCGGUGGUGGUGCCCCGACGCCAGCCCGAACCGCUGCCCACCGCGUCGCCACCGGUUGCGGAUGAGCCAUCGGUGGCACCAGACGUCUGUGUCUUGGACUUCGUCUCAGACGCGCUACCAACGCUACUUGUGUACUCGGCCGACGCUCUUGUGCGUAUUGAAGCCCGCACCAUGACGCCACCACUGACGUCCUCCUUCUUCCAUGAGGAUGCGCCGAUAGCUGGGGUGCUACAACGGGCUUUUCGGACGCUACGGCAUCGGCUCUGUGACCUUCAAACCGCCGAGGCGCAGUGGUUGGAGCAAACCACACAGUCGCACGUUAUGUCGGACGAGGAGCUGGCACGGGACGAAGCCGCCUUGGGGGCGCAAGCGGCCGAUUGUAGUCACUUGCUAGGUAGCCUCGCUGCGUACCUCGCUGUCCAAGACGCCCGUCAUAAAGAAAAGGCGCAGCAGCUUCUGCUCGAGGAGCUCCGCUUGACGACAAAUUGUCUUCCGCAUGUCGCAUCGCUCCUCCAGACGACACCGGCGUACUACUAUUACUUGGAGCUCACGGAAGCAGCGUCGACGCCACUUUUGUCGGCACUCACGAGCGUGCACGCGCACUGUGUGUCGCUCGUACCAGGCAAACAAACGCAGCAAGCUGCUGCGCUCUUCCUCCUCGAGAUGCAUUUGCACGUCCCGCACCUCUUGAACACGGGCGCGGACGGCUACGACGCGCUUUGGCUCCAGCUCAUGCGUCUGCACGGUGCCGAAUUCUGGGCAUUCUUCACUGAGCUCUUGCCGCAGCUACGCAAAAUCGUCGCAGCCACCUUUGUCGCCGAGGCGUCGACAAGUAUCGACAUGCUGCUGCGCGAGCUCGUGUGGGACACGACUGUCGCAUUGGCCCCACUCUUCCAUCUUGUCGUACCGACGAUCGAGACGCUGCACCACUGGGCGCUGGUCGGGUUCCUCCUCUCGUCGAUGGACGCGCUGCCGUGCUCGCCGCGCUUUGACGCUGCCAAGUACAACUACCCCUUGGACAAGGUCGAGCGCUAUCGUGUGCGCGUGCUCCAGCGGCUCUUGCUCUUGUCGUCGAUGUGGGCGCCCAACCACCUGCCCAUUGUGGCCGUUGUGUUGAGUUUGAGCCAACUUGCGUCGAGCCACCCGGGACAGUGCUCGUGCGUUGCCUCGAGCAGCCAUGCGUGCAACGACGGCGAUUGCCCGUGUUUGCGCAAGCACGUGGCGUGCACAUGCUCCAUGCCACAGUUUUGCAGCUGCCGCUUUCCCCGCUUCCUCAUCGAGCUCGCGACGGACGGGGCGACCAACCUCGUUGAUGCCAUCGACCAGUGCUCGUCCGUGGAGCUCAUGGGCCGUGUCAUCGCUAUGCAACUGCGUCAAUUUGCCAAACCUGUCCAGCGCAACCGCUUCCGCCACCCGAUUCUAACAAUUCUCAAGCCCGCGGCCGUCACACCAACCGCCAAGUGGAACUGGUCGGGCAUGGCCGCGGCACCCAGCAAACCGAGUGCGGCAGUAGCGGCACCCGCGUCGGCGGCGACGGCCCAAACCAACGCGAGUACACGGCGACAAGCCAAGCCCCUCGCUGCGUGGCUCGAUGACCGAGCGACGGCCCUCACGCAGUGCACAGUCUUUCUCUCUAUGGCGCUGAGUACGCUGAGGUCGCAAACGGACGCCAAAGCGCUCAAGCGGGACGUGGGUUACUACGCCAAGGAAAUUCUCCGCUUUUGCAACAACGAACUCGAGUACGACAGCCUGGCUCUGCAUGCGCUCUGGCUCUUGGCACGCGGUCUUAUCUCGGUCGCUCAGCAGUGCUUGCCGUCGCUCGUGACGUCGAUGAGCGACCUCCUCGCAGACAUGGUCAGGCGGCUGCAGGAAGAGCUCGUCCGACCCAAAACGACAGUCGACACGCGUGUCGUAUCGCCCGUCGUGGUGCUGCAAGCCAACAUUGUGCUAACGCUGCAAUGCUUUCUGGACAUUGUACUAGCGCUCAAGCAGCUCGAGCUCGCGCCCGGGGUUGUCGAAGACGUUGCAAAUUGCUUGGUCGCAAUGUUCAACAGCGGUCUCGACACUGUGCUUCAAGCCAGUCUCUCGCAACAAGUGCCGCCAGCCACGACACGACUCGCGCUGGACCUUCUUGACGCACUCUUGCCGCCCAAGACAUCGGUCCCGGCGCCAGCGCCCGUCGAUGAGUUUGACGACCCCGAAGAGCUUGCGCUGUUGGCGGCACUGGACAUGGACGCAUUGCUCUCGACCGAUGGUAGUACGCCGUCGACGGUGCCGACUCUGACGUUUGUGUCGUUGGUGACAACGCAUGUGGGCGAACACGUCGUCAAGCAACUGCGACUGUCGCUGCAAAAGCUCGUGCUUCACGCGCCGCAGACACCAAACGCCAUCGCGAUCCUCGGAGGCGUCCUUUCGCUCGCGCCGGGAACGAGCUGGGACCUUUUGCUUGCGUCGACGACAGCUGCGUCACUGCGUCUCGUGUUUCCGAGAACGUUCUCCCACGCGUUGCGUCGUGCGACUGACAAGGCGGCGUUCGUGGCGGCUUUUGCGCAGACCCACCGGCGCGAUUCGCUCUUUGUCGAGGCGUGGCUGCUUUGUCUCAUGGACGCUACUGCGUCGGACGAGGUUGUGACCGACAUGACGCUCGCUCUGGCGCCGCAGACGCCGCUUCUGCAUCACGUAGAAGCCAGUCAUCGCACCCAAGUAUGGCGCGCGUUCGCCAAGAACAUUGCUACCGUGUAUACGCCACACCCGCACCUUCUCCGGUCGGUGGUGGCCGAUGUAUCGAAAGGCUGGCUCGGCGCCGUGCUGGACGGCGCGACAGCAAGCCUCCUCGAACUCUGCGUGGACCGCCCGCAGUGGGCCGCCUUGCACGCUUUUCAAGAUUCGGUUAUGCCGUACGCGGUCUACGACGCAAGAGUGCUCGAUGCCUUGGAGCGCGGGUCCUCGAAGACCGAGCAAGUCGUGCGGUAUGUCGCCCGUCUCUACGACGGCGUUGGGGCGCUCCUGGAAGGCUGCGGACACUUGGCGCGGGGCACCAGCCUCGUGUUUCACGUCUGGCUGCGCGAGCUCUUUCCCAGUGCGAGCUACGCGACGCACUCGACGGCCGCCGAGAGUCUUCUGCACGGCCAAGUCGCGUCGAUUUUCCGAGAAAAGCCUGGACCACCAACGUCCUGGUUUGGUUCCAAGCUGCCCAAGCCGUGGAUUCAAGUCGUCGACGUCGCACGAACGUUCUUGGCCGUCCAGCACUACCCGACGCUCCUCAACUGGUUUGCCCAGGUACACUACUGUUUGCAUGCGAUUUGGCCGACGAGAUGGCGUAGACGGCGUCCAUGUACCGACUGUACGAAGGCGGGUUCGCCUCCGCGCCCUUGCGUACGCUCUUGUACAACCUCGUCGACCCGGACGGACCGUUGGGCCUCGCGUCGUUUUACCCAAUCGAGUCGAACGCUGCGCCGAGCUACAAGCGCGAAGCCGACUACUUUGCGCGGGGCCUCUUUCAGCAAGCGCCGGCGCUGCGCCGACUCGUUCUGGAAGCAUUUACGCACGAAAUUGUGUCGAGCCGCCUUCACGCGCUCGUGGGGUCGGAGGACUGGAUUCCGCUCUUGCAACUGCUGUGGACCUGCAGUUCGCAGGCGACGACGCUUGGGACGGCGCGGGAGUUUACGUGCAGCUUGCAGCUUUGCGUCGAACACCUCGUGUCGCACUUGACGUGGCCCGACCCGCCCGUCUUUUCACCGCUCACGUCGGUGCUGCAUCGCCAACUUCUCGGGUUUGCACUCAACUGCAUGGCCCUCCCUCGGGACGAGACGCUGCCCGAUACGUUCGACCUGAGCUUACACAUGCUUGUGCUACGGGGUGUGCAGCUGCACGGUGCGCUGCAGAUGCCGCCAACGCCACUGUCGACGCAGACCACAGCAGCCUUUGAGCGCCUCCAGACGCAGCUGACGCGGGACCACGGGUUUCGCUUCCGGUUGUCGCCCCCUGUGCUAGGGUCGAGCGCCGGCAGUGGCAUCAAUGCAUUCCGCGCGCAAGGCGACCUCCUUAUCGGUGUCAACGCGCUCCUCGCGGCGGCCAAACGCUCCUCCCGGUUCGCGCACCAAGUCGUCUAGUCAAUAUAGUUGGUCGAUUCCACACAUUAAUUAGACCACUCGUCCGCCGUUGAUGUCGCUCGUCUUUAGCUCGCGUAACGGUGAAACUGGCUGGGACUUGAGCUUUGGACGACGAUGCCGCUGCAGUCGAGACAGUACGAGGUACG